AAGAAGCAAUAACGCAUGCGCAUCCCAAGCACACCUCAUUCUCAAGACUUGCCGGUUUGGUAUUCAGUAGUAAAUCAAGAGUCGGCUAGUCAUCACAUCUUUAAAAUGAGUCUUCCUACAGCAGAACAGGUACAAGAAGUUCAGGAGGCAUGGAAACUGGUCCAGCCAGAUUUCGACGGCGCUGGACGUGUCCUAUUCACAGUGAUGUUUGAAAAAUUCCCUUCGUACGAAGAUUUCUUCAAAAAGCACAAAGAGAGCAACAAGUCACUUCUCGACAGCACCACGCUCCAGCCGCACAUCAGGCUAGUAAUGAAAACCCUCGACUAUCUCGUAGUCAACCUGAACGACAUGUCAGUUGUGGAGGAGAGGCUUGUUAAACUUGGCCAGACGCACAAGGGAAGAAAUGUCAAGAGUCCGCAGUUCAAUCACAUUGUGGAAAUUGUACUUGAAACGUUGCGACGCGCACUCGGCCCUAAAUUAACACCUGGACUCGAAGCAUCGUGGAAAGCUGUACUCAAUUGUGCAAUGACAAUUGCCGGCAAUGAGGCUGACAAAUGAUUUGCUUUUCCAAUUUGGACUGAGAUGAAGCAGAGGAGAAGAUUUCUACGAUAAAAUAUAUCUUAAAUGAGUUUUUUUAUCGUACUGUAAUUAAAAUAUAUAUAUAUAUAUAUCUUUUA